UCUCUUUCUACUCUAAUCCUCCACCUCCCAUCCCUACUGCGACAGACGGCGACCGAUAGCACGCGAAAGAAGGGUUCACCUUUCUCUGCGCAAAUCCACCGUUGGAUCUCGCAUUACUUGCUUUGCGAUCCGUACAGGGAAUGGACGCAGGAGUUCGGAUUGCUCUGAGAGCUGUGGUGGACGCGAUCCAACGGUCUAAACGUCAAACCCACAUAGAAUCCUGGUGGGCUCUCUCUUUGCCAUGAGAUUGAUGGAUCCCAAACAACAGGACUUUGAAAUGAGCUCUCAGUUCUCGUUGUCGUAAAAUUGAGAGCCGCUCCUACUCCGCCGUCUCUCUCUUUCGUCCCAUCUCGUCGGACGCCUAAAGGGAUGGCGGCAGCCGUUGGAGCCUCGAUUCGGAUCGCCUGUUAGCUAUGCAGAUGUGGAACUUUGAUUUGCCUGAGUUUGUUUUGUUGGAGAAUCUCUCUUCUCAUUGUCAACACUGAUGUGAAAAGAUUUUGCUGAGAGGAUCGUACGCCGGUUAUGGAGAGCUGUUACAAUCCGAUCACUAAGGUUGAUUCAUUCAAUCCUGGUCAGAAGAUCAUCAUGCACUCCCUCUACCUUCCUAAGUCAUCACCUUGGUUUGAUCUGAGGGUUUUCUAUGUGAGAAUGAGCAAUUGCGAGGUCAAUGAAUCAACUCCUGAUCAUCUUACUCUUAAUCACAUCCCGCUGACUCCCAACACCAUCCUCGAAGUGAAUGGUCAAAGAAGUUGUAUUUAUUCCGAUGGUGCUUCUUCUUUGCUUAGGAGGGACAGGAUCGAUAAGAGAUCGGAAGAAGUGACAUUUGUGAGCACAGAUAGUAUAAGGAUGACUGGAAGUGUCAGAUUUGAGGUUUACAAUAGAGAUGCUCUGCUUCUUGCUGGAGUGUUGAAGUUGUGUAGUGGUAAUGGUUUAACAGUGGAACCAAGGAAGACCUGCAAGAAAUGGAGCAUGGAUUGCCAUCCUGUGAUAUGGGAUGGAUUGGGCUUUCUGAAGGGCAAACAUUCCAUGAGUUCAGAGAGGAGAUUGCCAACAGUUGAGGUAUAUGUUGCUGGUUGUUUCUCGGGUAGUCCCAUCAUCCUAACCAAGACUCUGAAGCUAGCUUUUCGGAAAAAACAUCAGAUGAAGGUUGUGCUGGAUUCUAUUCCAGAGCAUGAGACAGCUGAAUUUACAAAGAAUGUUUCAUCUGAGGAUACUUUUCAGUUAUCUGAAUACGAAGGCUACCAACCAGAAAAUGAUGUGGAGGUUGACUACAACAGCAUCUACUCAAGAGCUGAAUACAUAGAAGGGCAGGAUGGGGAACUCUCGUGGUUCAACGCUGGUGUGAGGGUGGGCGUGGGGAUUGGCCUUGGCAUCUGCCUCGGACUUGGAGUUGGUGUUGGAUUGUUGGCCCGCACGUACCAAGCCACCACUAGAAAUUUUAAAAGGCGACUCUUUUGAUCCUAAUCUAAAAUUUCUGCCUUCACCAAUAUUAAUCAAAAUAAUUGAUUUUUUUUUUUUUCCCGUGCUCCACUCAUUCAUAAAGCAGCUAACUUUAUUCUGCUUCAAGGACACCUUUCAUGCUGUGAAAUUUUACACAGCAUUCCUUGUGCUUAUGCUUCUAAAGCCUGCUUUGUUUAAGUUCCAUAGCAGUUGAGAUUUUGUGGCAGCAUAUGCAUUUUUCCUAGCAUCUCUUUUCUUUACAUAUGAAUCAUCUGAGGAUUAGACCUGGAGUAUAAUAUUAAUUUAGUUAUCCUA